AAAAAGAACAAAAUGAAAUUGAAAAUCUUGCUCGUGGCUGCUUUGUUUGUGGCUCAAGCGAUCGCACAAGAAGAUGUUACCGAUGUGGAAGUAAUAAAAGCAGAAUCUACCAGUGAAGAAACCAGUGGGGAAACUGGUGAAGAAACUACUUCCUUACCUGAUGAAAAUCCAUCACAAAGCGGUAACGAUGAGUACAUAGAUUCCACAACAGCUGAAAAUAAUGAUUCGAAUGACAGUACCGAAAGUCAAUCAUCUGAGACUACCGAAGCCACGACAACUAUAAACAUUCCAACAACCUCUUCUACACCGGUACCUGAAUUUAGUUGCACUUCUGUUGGACGAUUCGCCGUUCCGGGUAGUUGUGAAAAAUAUUAUUAUUGUUGGGAUGCUGUACAUGCGUAUGCGAUAUUUUCCUGUUCGAAAGUGUUCGAUCCGGUAACCAAACGUUGUGUUGAAAAUUAUGGUGUAUGUCCUACAGCACCAAAAUGUGAAGCCGACAAACAAGUUCUACCGAACCCUGACGACAAAUCCUCAUUCUUUGAAUGUAGAUUAGAAAAAAAUUCCAUUCCAUCGGCAUAUGAAAUUCGUCGCGAAGAUUGUGAACAUGGGCGAGAAUUUGAUGAAGAAUUGGGUUUUUGUAAAUUAAUAUCGCCAAAUGAAUGGACAUCGUCGGAAGUAACCACGUCGGAACAUGAAUGCACCAGAGUUGGAAUAUUCAUUGAUGAAAAAAGCGACACUCACUAUUAUGAAUGCAUUGUAAAGAGUGUGUCAAAAGGUAUUUUAAAAUCAAUACGACGUAAAUGUCCAAAGUAUUGGAUUUUUAGUGGCGCUGAUAAGAAAUGUGUUCCACUUUGAACAAUGAAACGUGCCAAUUGUCGCUUUUUCUAAAAUGAACAUGAUUCUCUUAAAGGCAUUCUCUCUUUAUUAAUCAUUAGUGUAGUGCAUUUUUCUUCUUUUAUUGAAUUAUUGUAGUUUCAACGAAUGUCGAAUUUAUUCAAAUUUCAAUAAAAAUAAAAGUUUUGAUUUAUCUUUGA